UCGAGAGUCAACACUUCACCUCCGACCGUCUGUCAUCUCUUGCGUCUACCUCAAAACGAGUCGGUAUUUUGGAAGCAGUUUGCUCGGAUUUAUACACUGUAUAUAUAAUUAUUAAGUCUUAAAACGACUGAAACCAUCUUGGUUGGAUAAUGUCAGGAGGAUUCGACAGCAACCCGUUCGCGGACCCGGAGAUCAGCAACCCAUUCCAGGAUCCAUCAGUGACACAAGUACGACAGGCUGCUCCUCCGGGGCUAGAGGAGUACAAUCCCUUCACAGAUGGCAAACCAACACCUGGGGGUAUGGCGCCCAAGACUCCAGCCCCCACCCUCAACACGCAACCCGCCAUCAUGAAGCCCACAGAGGAGCCUCCAGCCUACUCACAGUCACAGGAACAGUCGGGAGCAGCUGCUGAGCUGUUGAGGAGGCAGGAGGAGCUGGAGAGGAAGGCUGCGGAGCUGGACCGCAGGGAGAGAGAGAUGCAGUCGCUCAGCGCUUCAGGAGGCAGGAAAAACAACUGGCCCCCCCUCCCAGAGAAGUUCCCUGUGGGCCCCUGUUUCUACCAAGACAUUACAGUGGACAUCCCUGUGGAGUUCCAGAAGACCGUCAAGAUCAUGUACUACCUCUGGAUGUUUCACACUGGGACGCUGCUGGCUAACCUGGUGGGCUGCCUGGCCUGGUUCUGUGUGGACGCAUCACGCGGAGUGGACUUCGGCCUGUCCAUCCUCUGGUUCCUGCUCUUCACUCCGUGUUCCUUUGUCUGCUGGUACAGACCCCUUUAUGGAGCAUUCAGGAGUGACAGCUCAUUCAAGUUUUUUGCUUUCUUCUUCGUGUACAUCUGUCAGUUUGGCGUCUACGUUCUCCAGUGUAUUGGCAUCGCUGGUUGGGGCGCCAGUGGGUGGAUCUCAGCGCUGACCGGCCUGAAUCGCAGCAUCCCAGUGGGCAUCAUCAUGAUCCUCAUCGCUGCUCUCUUUACCUCGCUGGCUGUCAUGUCCCUCAUCAUGUUCAAAAAGGUCCACGGGAUGUACCGUACCACCGGGGCCAGCUUUGAGAAGGCCCAGCAGGAGUUUGCCACCGGCGUCAUGUCCAACAAGACGGUCCAGACGGCCGCUGCUAACGCCACCACCAGGGCAGCACAAGGAGCCUUCAAGGAGCAGAUCUGAUUGGCCUAGAGAGCUUGCUCAACCCUCCGUCCCUCCCUUUCCCUCCCCCUCUGCUCACACCCAGCUUCCACUUGAGCCAACUGUCCUUGUUUGAACACAUGGAGAGUCCCCCAGCCUUCUGACAAUAUCAAAGUGUUUCAUGUGACGGCGCUACGGUAGCCUUCCAUGACCUGUAAUCUCAGUGAUAAAACACCCACUGCAGGCAGGAUCCAAACAGCUCCAUCACAGACUCUGCACUCCUACCACUCCACCAUUUUUCUCUGUGUGAGUUUGUGUGUGUGGCCAACUGAAUUAAUGUUUGUGUGCCUCUUUAAAUGUCCGUCUGUCCUCCGUAGACAGAUUCUAAUGUAGCUGAACCAAGUCUUUCUAACGUCCCCUCUCACUGCAGGUGCUCCCCAGCAUUAUUGGCUUACCAUGCAUCCGAGCCUUACCUUGAUUUAUAAGCCUAAUCUCUCCUUCCUGUUUUUAAAUUAAUGUAUUGAUAGUACACAUCUCUAGCAGCAGCAUGCUCUGAUUGGAUCAGCUGUGAGUUAAUAACUAAUCACUGCUGCCCCCCGGUGGACUGACCAUGAACUGUUGAAGAUGAAUGCCGUGCAUUCCAGUUCACUGCCUUGCCUUCUACUUUCUGCUUGCCUCAGAAUUUGUUUUUUCUUUACAGUGAAGGGUCACCCAAAUUUCAAUAUUUCAGUAUCAAACAUGCUACUUUGUUGACAGACUCAAGGGCUAAUGUGAUUUUUAUUUAUCAAAUAAUAUAUCAAGUAAAAAGUCUUCACAUUCUUCGUUUUCUCAAGCCGGAAAAACACUUUGCUCCUGAUUGGAAUAUCUUAACGAUCAUUGGAUUUAUUGAAAUGUUGUGCAGACCUUCAUGCUCCUCAGAGGAUAAAUCCUACCUACUUGGAUGAUCCCCUGACUUUAACUCUCGUCCCAUCAUGAGGUUUGCAUUUAUGGUUAUUGAAAUAUAUUCGCAAUUAUCAGAUGGAUGGCCAUGACCUUUAGCACAUACAGUACAUGCAUGUCCCAUUCCUGAUGAAAGUAAUCAGUUUAAUCAUUUUAAAGGUCUACAUUUCAAUUUGUGAAAUUAGAUGUUUGAUCAAAUUCCUGCAAAACUAAUGACAUUCUAAAUUUUUAAUGGAAAUAAAAAAAAUAUUAGCAUGCUAACAAGCUAAGCUUACAUGGUAAACAUUAUACCAGCUUAGCAAUAGCCUGCUAGCAUUGUCAUUACGAGCAUGUUGGCACGCUGUUAGCAUUUAGCACAAAGCAUCGCUACUCUGUAGAGUCUUAGUCUUGUUACUUGAAAAAUGACUGGACUCAUUCAUAAAUAUUCAAUACCUGUCCAUUGACUAACUGACUAAUCGUUUAAGCUCCAUUGCUGUAUAAUGUAGACUUUGUAACAUUUUAAAAGCCACCUUUCCCGCCAACAACAGUGUUUGAUACUCAAAGUAUUUUUGGGUGAACUGUCACUUUAAAGUUUGCUUUUGAGUUGUUAUCCGCUUUAAAUAUUUAGCUUAUAACGGUCUACAUAUCCAUUGUGAAAUGUUGCCAAGUUGCACUUUAAAUCUUUGUCUGCACACUGUAAACUGUGCAAAAGGAAGGAUAUUUAUAAAACGACCUCUCGCCUUCCUGCUCAUUCGUGUCCAUAACUACCAGCUGAGUGCAAUAUAGUUCACACAUGAAGCCUACCUGUUCAUGUCCUCUCCUCAGAAACAAAUCAACUACUGACACCGUUAACAUACAGUACCACUCUCCUGUACAGAUGCAUGUUUAUACAGUUUUUGUGAAGGGGGAAGUGUAACUCGUCUCCAGCUUUUCUUGUAUUCCUGGAGACUUACCUCAGUUUUACUCAGGAUGUGCUCUUUACCUGCAUGAUGAGGUUACAAAAAUAUGAAAUUAAACACUAACUGGACCCUGUUUUUAAAUAUAUGUGCUGCAAAUCAACAUGUUGCAAUAUAAAAGAGGCUACAAAUGGGCCAGUAAAUGCUCUGAUAAUUGCUUGCAUAUUCAUAAUUAGACAAUUGUUGAUUGACGAUCACUGAACUCCAAUCUGAAGACUUGCAUCGAUCAUUCUUUUUGAAGUCUCCUAAAAUCCCUGGUUAUUUAGACUUUCAAAUGUAUUUGAUCUGCUAAAAUGCGUUUGAAAGUGUCUCUUUCUACAUGUUUCUUUAAGUAAGAGCUGCAAAGCUUUUCCACAGUCUGAAUGUGUCCGAUCUGUUUUGUGUGUUGUGUCUCAUGUUUAAACCAGUCAAGCCUUUUGUAUGUGUUUGAUGUGUAGGAGUGUAAAUAGAGGGGAUUUGGCCUUUAAGUCUGAGUCUGUGUGCAGGGCAGAGUCUGGCUGUGGGUCUGUGAUCCUUCUGGAUUUAUUUCAAAGCUUCCUGCUACAUGCCUUGUUUUGCUCUCAUCUCUUCUCUUCACACUGGAUUGAUUUGAACCAGUGCAUGUGUAUUCCUGAGUACAUUUACGUACGAAUCAACGUGAGAUUUUUCCUCAAAAAACAAUCAAACUGAGUGGCACUUACAGUAUUUGCUGUUAUUUUUGACUUGCUUAAGAAAACAUGAUAUAUGUGAGAAUGGCGUUAGAUUGCAAUGUGAACUGUGUGACGUGCUGUAGAUGGGCUGUGGCUUAAGCAUCAUGAUCAACAUGGAUUCUAGUAGAAACACUGACAAUUAAAUCAAUUCAGAAGCAUCUCAAACAAGUCAACUCUUAAUGAAAUGAUCAAAAAGAAAAUAGAAAGGGAUGUUUGUAUAUUUUGUAAGAUUUCUCACGAGAUGGCCGGCUGUUCGCUCUUGAUUUCGUUGUCAUUUUAAGAUGCACUCUGGUUGGACUUUCAAUCGCAUGUUGAGUAGCUUGAGUUUUGUAUAUUUAUUGUAUUAACACUGAAUUAAACUCUUCUUCUGUA